AUGGGCCUCCGACAACCGGAUGGCUCGUCAGAUCCGUCUUCGGCCAUUAGUUCGGUGUACUCAGAUCGCGAGAACGGAGACCGUGAAAACAAUGUAAACGGUCUCCUCCCCGAUCUGGACAAAUUGUGUCUAGAGAAGGGCCGACCCCUCGAUGUGGAUGAUCUCGAUGAUGAAGGCUGGCACGCGGCCAGUGAACAGAAUAUGAUUGUUGAACUUGGAAGUCUGGGAGAGGGUGCCGGCGGAGCUGUCACCCGAUGCCGACUCAAGGAAGGAAAGACCGUUUUUGCAUUGAAGAUCAUUACUACAGACCCCAACCCGGAUGUCAAGAAACAAAUUGUUCGAGAGCUUAACUUCAACAAAGACUGCGCUUCGCACCACAUCUGUCGUUACUAUGGUGCUUACAUGGACAAGUCCACUGGCACCAUCUCUAUCGCCAUGGAGUUCUGUGAAGGUGGAAGUCUGGACAGCAUCUACAAAGAGGUCAAAAAGCUUGGAGGUCGCACUGGAGAGAAAGUCCUUGGCAAGGUCGCAGAAGGUGUCUUGAAUGGAUUGACCUAUCUCCACAGCCGAAAGAUCAUUCAUCGAGACAUCAAACCAUCGAACAUUCUCUUGUGCCGUGAUGGCAAGGUCAAACUCUGUGACUUUGGUGUCAGCGGUGAAUUCGGUACCAAGGGCGACGCCAACACUUUCAUUGGCACUUCCUACUAUAUGGCCCCGGAGCGCAUUACUGGUCAAUCAUACACCAUUACAUCCGACGUUUGGUCUCUCGGUGUGACUUUGCUGGAAGUCGCCCAGCACCGAUUCCCCUUCCCUGCUGAUGGGACUGAGAUGCAACCCCGUGCAGGGCUAAUAGAUCUCCUAACUUAUAUCGUCCGCCAGCCAAUCCCGAAAUUGAAGGAUGAGCCACAAAAUGGCAUUCGCUGGUCGGACAACUUCAAAUAUUUCAUCGAAUGCUGCUUGGAAAAAGAACCCCCUCGACGUGCGACACCCUGGCGGAUGCUGGAACAUCCAUGGGUGCAGGAUAUGAGAAACAAGAAGGUCAACAUGACGAACUUUAUAAGGCAGGUGUGGGAUUGGAAAGAGUAA